CGAGGGCGUGAUGAGGACUCUGUGGGCGUGUGUGUUUGCGAGCGUUGCUCUGUUCGCUGCUGUGUCGGACCAGAAGGAAACAGUGGCAGAGGUACCUAGCGAGAGCAAGUCAGCCGGAUUUACUGAGGGAGAGAUCAUAUCGACGAAUGGAAAAGAGACGACCGGAGCACCAUUUCGACUAAAACCCGUCGACUGCGCGGAUCACUUGCUGAUGGGGAGCACGACCAGCGGUGUCUACGAGAUCUACCCCUUUUCGUGCUCAUGCAGCGAGCCCGUGAGGGUGUGGUGUGACAUGGAGACCGACGGCGGCGGAUGGACUGUCUUCAUGACCAGGCAGAGGCAGACGCCUCAGGUGAACUUCAACCGAUCCUGGACGGAGUAUAGGACAGGCUUUGGCGACGCUGAAGGAGAGUUCUGGCUCGGAAACGAAAUGAUGCACAGGAUAACCUCGAGCAGGACGUACUCUCUCCGUGUGGACUUCACUCUCACGAGACAGGGUCAGAAGUUCGCCGAGUGGGAAGAAUUCAGGCUUGACGAUGAGAGGAACAAAUAUAAAAUUAACCUACAGGAUUAUUUGCCAUGGAGUACAGCACAAACUAACUGUCUGACUUCCAUGAAUAACCGCUUUUUUACUACAUACGACCGUGACUACGAUUAUCACGUAGGUAACUGCGCUGCCACAAUCGGCGGUGGCUGGUGGGUCAACAACUGUCGCUACAUGCACUUAACUGGCGUCUACGAACAAGGCCUGAACACCAGCUGUACCGGCACCCGCGUUCAGGUCUCCCGCGCGCAGAUGAAGAUCCGACCCGCCGUCUGCACCGAAGCUCUCAGGAGGAUUUCGCUCGACAGUCACCAGUGCGGGACAUGCGUGUAGGCGUUAGUGCGGUGCCGUAUGUCAUCCAAAAUGGGUGUUUCGAGAUCACUACACUACUUAGGGUGUGGUUGUUUUGACCGAUCAGCUGAUGGACUUUCUUUGGCACUGACUUUUUUUCUUUUUUUUCUUUUUUUUUUUGUAAGAUGUAUCGACAAGCUUCUACAAUCUUUGACGAAAUUGAAGCUUAUCUGACCUUGAUGGGUUUUCUAUAGCGAAAACUU